UGUAAUUGUGGACCGGGAAAGUAUGUAAAAACAAAAUGUACUUCUACCCAGCAUGCAGUUUGUGAACCAUGUGCUGUUGGUGCCUAUAGUAGUGGUACCAACAAAGAUAGUUAUUGCACUGAUUGUACCCACGUUCACUGUCCUUCUCAAGCCUUUUUUAAGUCAAAAUGUACCCCGAAAGCUGACAGUGUUUGUGAAUGUAAUGAAGGUUAC